AUGUCCUCCGUGCGUCACAGGUGCUUGGAAACGCCGGCAGCUGCUGCAGGGACGCUGGUGGCGGCCGUCAGAGAAGAUGCUCUUCAGAGGACUGAGAAUUCCAUUUAUAGAACAGCCUUCAAACUGCGAUAGGUGCAAACUCUCUGCCAGUGGGACUUGGUUCACAGUUCUCUGAUUCGGCAUGUCCUACUACGGCAAUGCUUCUGGGAAGCAAGAGAGAGCCCCUUCUCUGUGCAGCAGCUUCUUCAGACCCUCCAGGAGCUGUUUCGGAGAGUCAGUGUGGAAAACCCAGGCCGGGUGCAUCCCAGAGCUUCGGAGCUCACCCUGAGCCUUCUCACAGCCAUGUACGACAGCACCGGAACCGGCUUUGUCAAGCUCACCCCUGCAGCCGCGGCCCUGAUCGCCCUCUCCGGGGACAGCCCACUUACAAAAUACAGAGCUCUUUUUCAGCUCUGUGCAGGAAACUACAGGGGAGCUAAUGAUUCUGGGGCGCGCAUGACUCGAAGUUUGAGAAACCUGCUGGUAGACCUACAGCAGAUCCCAACUGUAGUGGGGGAGAGUCGUGUCCCGUGCUCUGUGGAAAGCGCUGUACGUGGCUGUUUCCAAGGGGUGUUGAGCCCAGCAAUCAAAGAGGAGAAAUUCCUGUCCUGGUUACAGGCUGAGCCUCCCAUCCUCCAGUGGCUGCCGACCUGCCACCGACUGUCAGCCACUGAAAUGGUCACUCGCCCUGCUCGGUGUGGGAUCUGCAGGGACUUCCCGAUCACCGGGCUGAGAUACCGCUGUCUGAAGUGUCUCAACUUCAACAUCUGUCAGGUGUGUUUCUUAUCUGGUCUUCACACAAAGGCCCACCCUGUGACGGAGCCCCAUGUCCAGGUGUCAGCAAAGGAGGGCACAAAACUGGUGCUCAGGCCCCUGAGACACAACCUGAUCCCAGGGCGCUGGAGGAGGCUGUGGCUGCUGGACCGCGUGAACCCGAAGGACGUGGCUGAGCAGGCCCAGGCCAGGCUCCUUAACAAACGGUUGAACCGAUGCAAAGACAAGUUGCAAGCCAUCUGUGCCUCCCAGGAAGAAAAAGGUUGCAGAUUUGAAACAAAGAUUCAUGAGCUCACAACCAGCCAGCAUAGUCUCUGGGCCAAGCUACAGCAGAUGGGACGGGAUCUACAGGCAGUGUUGCAGCCACUACAUCCUUCGCCAUCUUCCAGUCAAAAUAUGGUUUCCAAGGGUGACCAUGGAAACGGUGAAAAGUUUUGGAAGGAAGGAGAUUCUUCCCAGAUCAAGAAUGCCGCUGAGGAUGCUUCUGAACAGGAGCCUCUUCCCACCCCCAUCGUGACUGACGGAAGUCAAGCACACACACAGCGUGCUCUACCACACGCGGGAUCACCAGAGGCCGUUUUGCAGCCCAGGUCAAUGCGAAGCACCAGGGCACAAAGCCAAGCACAAAAGACCUCGAAGGGAAUCUUCAGCUCCCUACCGGGUUCCCAGAAAGGACUUUUGUGGGAUGCCCCCCAGAUUGCUCCUGCUGAAAUGAACCGUCCUGCUCUGGCACCUGUGGAAAGAAAAGAGACAGCUAACACCCAGGAGGGAAAGGAUGAGCUGGAGGAGGACGAACUGCAGGAAUUGUUGUCAAAACUCACAGAUGCCUUCACUCUAGACACGCUGUCGGAGCUGCAGUCUUCAGGACACACGGAGCUGUAUCGCGGAGCUGAGCGAGUACGAGGGGCCUUCUCUGCCCUUCUGGACCACGUCACCCUGCCCAACUUGAAGUGA